CAAUGAAUGGAUGGAUGGAUUCCUUCAGCCCCGGACAUGCAACUAUACAACAUAGCCAAAUGCACACCGAAAGGAAAGAUUUGCCUGCUGUGGCUCACCACGCGCUCAUCGAUCUCGACAGGCACCUUUCCAUUCCAACGAGACUGUACAUACCUUGAGCACCUUACAUAGCCGGGUUCGGUCGAAAAGGCCAGCGACACAUGUACUCGGCGGAUAGACCGGCCCGUCGCAUCCAUGCAGGCGCCAUGGACCCGAACGUCAUGCCGGGCCUUCACUCUCACCCUCACCUCCCUUAGGUGUCUUGUUCCUCUCACUCCUCUCACCCCUCUGGGAUCAAGUCUGCGUGUACACGUGCGCCACUCGUCGUCAAACUCGCGAUGGAAGCAGCGCCAGGGCAGCGACUCGCUCGCCCGCGAGGCCCGCGUCCAGGGUCUCAAGAGUCGCGCCGCCUUCAAGCUGCUCGAGAUGGACGAGAAGUACCGCCUCUUCAAGCCGCUUCCGCCACAGAAGCAUGGAGACGGCGCCGCCAUCACCAGCCACCCGGGCCAGGUCGUCGUCGACCUGGGCUUCGCCCCCGGCAGCUGGUCGCAGGUCGCCCUCGACCGCACAAAGCCCAACGGCCGCAUCCUCGGCAUCGACCUUCUCCCCGCCCAGCCUCCCCGCGGCGUCAGCACCAUCCAGGGCAACUUUCUGCAGUCCAGCGUGCAGGCCCUGGUGAAGCAGUUCCUGAUCGACUCGGAGCGCCGGUGGCAGGCCCAGCAGGCUGCCCGGAAGGAGGCCGAUGCCGACGACGCGACCCUUGGGUCCAAACCCGACAUGGAUUCGCUUGACCCCGCGGAUCCGGCGGCCGAACACGGCGCUAAGACCGACGGAGCUGCUGCCGGCGAGGUUUUCACCGACCGCCUGAGCUACAUAGACCUGGAGAGGGUCGCAUCGCUCGACGCCGGUGCCGAGCAGUCGCAGCCAUCACGGUCGCCGCCGCUGUCACGGUCAGCGGCAUCCGGCAAAAGAGCCCGGAAUCAGGUGGCCGAAGAGGGGCGCAACGGCGACGACGGGGAGAAGAUGACCAACCCGGAAGCAAAAAAGCUUCGGUUGGUGGACGUAGUACUCAGCGACAUGUCAGAGCCCUGGCCCCAGAUCCAUGGGUAUUCCGUGCGGACGUUGAGUAACCCGUAUCGCAGGAUGAUGAACACGAGCGGCAUUCCCUUCCGGGACCACACGUUCAGCAUGGACCUCUGCUACGCCGCCCUGUCCUUCGCCAGCGACACGCUCAAGUCGGGCGGGCACUUUGUGUGCAAGUUCUACCAGGGGGACGACGACAAGGCGUUUGAGAAGAUGCUCAAGAAGAUGUUUGCCAAGGUCCACCGCGAGAAGCCCGAGUCGUCACGCAGUGAAUCGCGAGAAUGCUACUUUGUAGCGCUACGCCGAAAAGGCAACGUCGCCCUGGAAGAUAUCAAGGGCGCCGAGCAGCAACAAUAGCUGUCGUGGCAACACUGACGGCGGCUGCAUAUUGUAAAUAUGUAAAAAGAGGACGAAAUACCCUGUACACACCCAUCAUGUAAAACCACUUUCCUACCUACUCUUGUAAACCAACUAUACAUAUCUCACUGGAUACAUACAAUCACAAAACAAAGACGAACAGCCCCAAGGCACU